AUGCGAAAUGUGACGUCGAUUGAAACUGGAACUCGAGUUGAUGUAAGGGGCAGGCGAGGCACGGUUCGUUAUGUUGGUCCGAUCGAAGGAUAUCAGGGCGAAUGGAUUGGCAUCGAUUGGGAUGAUCCGGAGACAGGGAAGCACGAUGGCUCGGUCAAUGGGAAGCAAUACUUCAAAGCACGGGGCUGUUUGUUCUUUUCUAAGUCAGUUGACAAAGUGCAUGUAUAG